AUUAUUACUUGUAAUAAUGGUGCGAAUGUUUUGAAAGGCCCCUGUAGGCACUGACCACAAUGCAUUUUUGAGGUGUAAAAAUGUAUUAUUAGUGUAAAACACAGUGAAUGCACCCCUGUAGCAGUGCCCUCUAUCGGCUUUUCAAAUUCUGCUCUCUUUAUAAAGUGCUGCGAAGCGUCGGCGCGCCUGCAUUCAGUCAGUGCAAAAGGAACUCAGUGCCGGUGCCACCAGAGGAGCGCAUUGCUGUGUUUGGUUCCAGUGGUGAGGAGGACACGUCCUGUAUGCAGCUCCCUCCGAGUCGAUGCACUUCCUUUGCCCCGAUCAGCUGACAGAUCAGGGACCACCGGAUGGAAGAAUGUUUUAGGCACAACUUGUCUCCAGAAGGUGCCAGUGGAGCGGCCAGUGUGCGCCCUUAUGAUGUAGUUUGUCGUUAUGAACGGAGCGCAGGCGGAACCCGACAAACCGCUUUUAUGGAUUGAGUGAGUGACGCAGUGAUUGAUCGGCAUAUUCAUUUCCUAUAAUAUUAGGCGCUGUGUUUAUGUCGUGGUAGGUCCUCAAAUCUAAGAGAACUGUGGAUUAAUUGGUCAAACAUUUUUUUUCGGGUGGCGCGUCUGUAUUUUGAAGUUGAAUGAGGAUUUGGACUUUUUACACUUGAACUAAACCACGAUAAAGGAUUUUGAGAACAGUAGCCCCCCGCAGUGGACAUAUCAGUCUAACUGGACCUUAACUAAUUUUCUAUCCCCACCAAAAUGAAGUCUGUCACGGUGUGGAUGUGUGUUCACAUCUGUCUCCUGCUUUUAGAUGAGGCAGCAGGUUCAUGGGAAGGCCCCUCAUCCUUGUCUCUGUCCUUGAGCCCCAAUGCUGUCGGGUCUGGGCCUGGAGCUCAGUCGGAAUGGGUGGAUUGCAUCCAGGCCAGUGACAUGUGCAACCAGAACCCUCACUGCAGCUCUCGGUACCGGGUGAUGAGGCAGUGCCUUGUGGGCAAGGAGAAGGAAGCCAUGCUGGAUAACAACAGAGAGUGUCAGGCUGCCCUGGAGGUGCUGCUAGGUAGUCCUCUGUACGACUGCCGCUGCAAAAGAGGCAUGAAGAAGGAGCUGCAGUGUCUGCAGAACUACUGGACUAUCCACAUGGGACUCAACGAAGGUAGGAGGUAGAUAGCUUUAAUUUGUUCAUGUCGGACAAAUUCUAUGAAGCAUAAUGGUUGAAAAUUGCAAAAUACAACACCCCGUUAAGAAAUGUCUCUUUUUUAUAACUGAAAACAUAUUCAGGAGGAAUUAUCAAGGUUUUUUCUAUUCGUCUUUUCAUCAGACAGCUUGUUACGAACAAUCAAGGUCUUUACUGUCACUUCUGUCUUUGUGUGAAAUCAGCUCACGUCACUUUCAUGGUUUUAUAACUGAACUGCAAAGCUCUGCACAAGCCUACACCGUGACAAAGACAACAGUCUGCAGGUUAAUGAUGCAAUAACUAUUCUCAACACACGUACAUCACACUAUAUCACUAAAUCCAUAUGAAAUCUCCAACAAUAUAAAACCUAUUCUACACCAACCUCAGCAUUCCAAGAACCAGUGUUUAUUCAGGCCAAAGCCAUGGAAUACAUACGCCCACCGGUGAUGACUUAUUCCCAAGUGCCCUCUUUAAGUGAUACCCCCAUGCCCCCUAAUGAAAAAGAUAUGCUUUAC